AAGGAAAGAAGACGGCGAUGACUCCAGUCUCCAGCACAACUGUCCAAGGCAACUCCGGGGGAGGGGAACGAAACGCAUCCGGCGGAGCUACCAUGGCGUCGUCGCCGCAGCAAGGCCAAGGCCAGGCCCAAGGCGGCGGCGGCGGCGGUGUCUGCCCGGCGGAGCAGUUCUGGUCGCUGCUGGACAAGGCGGACCGGCGGUUCGCCCGGGUGCGGGACCUGCCCCUCUUCGGCCGCCAGGAGCCCGCGGAGUACGGCAAGGCCUUCCGCAUCUACACCCAGCUUUGGCGCAUGCAGCAGGAGCACCGCCACCGCCUCCUCGACGCCGGCCUCCGCCGCUGGCAGGUCGGCGAGAUCGCCGCCCGCAUCGCCCACCUCUACUACUCCCAGUACCAGCGCGCCUCCGACACUGCCCUCCUCUCCGAGGCCUUCGUCUUCUACCACGCCGUCCUCGACCGCGCCUACUUCCUCGACGACCACCUCGGGGCCUCCACCAAGCACCUGCGCUUCCUCGCCAGGUUCCUCCUCGUCGCGCUUAUCCUCUCCCGCCGCGCGCAGACUGUGCCCCGCCUCGCCGGCCAAAUCCGGUCGCUCCUCGACGAAUCCAAGAAGACCCUCCAGGAAGCUGAUUACAGGGAGUGGAAGCAUGUCGUGCAAGAAAUCACGAGGUUUCUAAAGGCUGACUCGCCCUUCAUGAACAAGAGACCUCUCAGGUACAGCUAUGCAUUCGAUCCUCCCCCGGAAACUCUUCCGACCAUCCCACCUACAGUCAAGAAGCGCGGUCUGCUCUUAAGCGAUGCCAUCCUGUGCAGCUACUAUCAUAACGAGGUCAAAUUUACCGACCUCACUCUAGACACAUUCAGAAUGCUUCAGUGUCUUGAAUGGGAACCAUGUGGCUCCUUUGCACAAAACAAUGGUUACAGCGCCCAUGAUGAAAGUGGGCAAAAUCACCCCAAUCUCCUGAAAGAUCUGAGAGACGCUGCGUUGCCCCCGAACCCACUGAAAACAGUUCUCUAUCGCCCCUCGGUGCCACAUUUCCUGAAGGUCCUUGCCACCAAAUGUGAGGAGCUCCCAUUGAAUACUAUGAUGUUGAUAUACCUUUCGGCUGCAGGCGAGGUGGGAUCCUCUGGACUUGGUCCCGAUACAAGCGAGAGGGUUGUGAACAGCUUUAGUCAGUUUGACAUAUCUAAUACCAGGGCCGUCACUUCAAAGGAAGAUAAAGAACCAUGUCUUUGGUUAGGUUGCCGUGAAGGCGAAGGCUCAAACUGCAUAUACCCUUGUGAUAUGAUCCCGUUUACAAGGAGACCUCUCUUUCUGGUGAUUGACAGUAACAUCAGCUAUGCAUUUAAGUCAAUUCAUGGGGCUGAAAAAGGGGAGACAGCUGCCAUGUUACUUUCUCCAAGCUCCCGAUCUUGCGCUGUAGGAUUCAGUGGGGACUCUACUCGGCAGAGUGGUAGUCAAUUUACUAUGUUCCUCACAGCUCCAGUGCAAGCUUUCUGCUUUCUGAUCGGCAAUAAUGGGCUGGACAUUAUUGACAAGGAUUAUAACAAAGCCGAGGAGCUACUAUCCUUGUCAUUGAAUGAAUGGGCUAUGACUUUGGUUGCUUCGUCUUCACUUGACCCUGUCUGGGUUGAAGUUUUAGGCGAUCCACUCCUGAGGCGACUGCUUCUCAGGUUUAUCUUCUGCCGAGCCACGCUUUCGCUGUUCAAAGCGAGCAACGAUAAGGCGGAAUGCUUGCCAAGCUGUGUGCCUCCAUUGCCGGAAUUGGUUGGGGGAGAAAGCAUGCUGUCGCAAUGUUGUGUGAUGCGAGUGGCAUCUUUCUUGGGCGCCGCUGACCAAUUCUCGUUCGCCGAGGUUACUACAUGGCCUGACAUUGAUGAGCCCACCAGCAGUGGAGGUGUCGACAAAGAGUUAUGAGGAGAAGAUCCAUCGACCGUAUCAUGGACCCAUUUCUCCUCGAUGCCGCUCUUGAGAUUUCUUCCUCCUGAACUGCUAGUAACAGUUGUUGAUUUGUGAGCUCCCGUGGUACAAAGCGAAAGUUAUAUAGCACAAUUCACCCCAGUGUGACAUUAGUGAAAUUUGACUAGAGAAUAAACUCGAGUACUUGAUUGAUCUUGUAAAAUCGAAUGGUGAGAGCUGCGACUGAAUUUUGA